AUGGAGUUCUCUCGAACCAACGCCCUGUUCGAAGAAUUCCUCUGCGAAAAAUAUCCGACCCUCGGAACAGAAUGGACAGAAUAUAAGUCUCAACACGCCGCGAGCUCUUCCGCGGUCUCCGUCGCCCCCGCUGCUCCCGCAUCUACUAAUAACGCGCGCAAAGCCCCCGCGUCGUCCACCGCGGCCUCCGUUGCACGUGCAGGAUCGUCCGUGGCCUCCGUUGCACGUGCAGGAUCGUCCGCGGCCUCCGUUGCACGUGCAGGAUCGUCCGCGGCCUCCGUUGCACGUGCAGGAUCGUCCGCGGCCUCCGUUGCACGUGCAGGAUCGUCCGCGGCCUCCGCUGCACGUGCAGGAUCGUCCGCGAUCUCCGUUGCACCUGCAGGAUCGUCCGCGGCCUCCGUUGCACGUGCAGGAUCGUCCGCGGUCUCCGUUGCACCUGCAGGAUCGUCCGCGGUCUCCGUCGCCCCCGCUGCUCCCGCAUCUACUAAUAACGCGCGCAAAGCCCCCGCGUCGUCCACCGCGGCCUCCGUUGCACGUGCAGGAUCGUCCGCGGCAUCGGUCGCGCCCGCCGUUCCUGUGUCAUUGAUACUCGCCCGGAAAAAUUCUGCGUCGUCCACCGCAGCUUACGUGCCUCCUAAAGCACCUGCACCUGUUCGCAGGUCGCCCGCGCCUGCCUCUUCGUCCUCAUCUGACUCUGACACGGACAUGGAGGUCGAUCCCUGCCCCGCGCCCUCAUCAGAUGGCUUCACCCUUGUCCAAAAGGGAAAAAAGCGCGCUGUGGAGUCCCGAGCUCCCGCAGCUACCAAAAUUAGUAAAGCCGCGAACACGUCACUCCGUCUCCCCAUCCCACACCGUCGCCGCAUCCAGAAGAACAACAUAGAAAACAAAACCCUCCCCCGGUAA